AUGGACGCUGUAAUCAAGGAGCAAUGUGGUUGGCAUGCAUUAGUAAUCCGAUUUGCUCACUGCAGUACAAGGAUGUGUGAAAAAGGGAAUAAUUUAAAGUAUUUUUUUCUGUCUUUCUUUAUAUGUAGCCCCAACGUGUGUGCUGUGCAGAAACUUAUUGGAACAAACAGGAAAUACUACACAAACUGUAAACAGUGGUACCAGAGAAAAGUCUGUGGAAAGUCAACAGUGAUCAGCUAUGAGUGCUGCCCUGGAUAUGAAAAGGUACCUGGAGAAAAAGGCUGCCCAGCUGCAUUGCCGCUUUCAAACAUCUAUGAAACGCUGGGGAUUGUUGGAGCCUCCACCACACAACUUUAUUCCGACAGCUCGAACCUGAGACCAGAAAUCGAAGGACCUGGAAGUUUUACCAUCUUUGCCCCAAACAAUGAGGCCUGGAAAGCUUUACCUGCUGAAAUGUUGGAUUCUUUGGUCAGCAAUGUUAAUAUUGAACUGCUAAAUGCUCUUCGUUACCAUAUGGUGAACAGACGGGUGCUAACAGAUGAGCUGAAACAUGGAAUGUCUCUUCCUUCAAUGUACCAGAAUAUUGAUCUUCAGAUCCACCACUAUCCUAAUGGAAUCGUGACCGUGAACUGCGCCAGACUUUUGAAAGCAGACCAUCAUGCAACCAAUGGAGUGGUCCAUCUGAUAGAUAAAGUCAUCGCCACCACAACAAACACUAUUCAGCAAGUCAUUGAGAUUGAGGAGAGUCUUGAAACUCUUCGGGCUGCUGUGGCUGCUUCCGGUCUUAAUACUUUGUUAGAAAAUGAUGGUCAGUACACACUUUUGGCUCCAACCAAUGAAGCCUUUGAGAAGAUCCCACAAGAAACACUGAACAGGAUCCUUGGGGACCCAGAAGCUCUCAAAGACCUACUAAACCAUCACAUAUUGAAAUCAGCCAUGUGUUCUGAGGCCAUUAUUGCUGGCUUGUCCAUGGAGACUCUGGACGGUACCACGUUGGAAGUUGGCUGCAUUGGUGAUGACCUCACCCUGAAUGGAAGACCUAUCAUUGUGAACAAGGAUGUCUUAGCGACCAAUGGUGUAGUGCACUUUGUUAAUGAGCUGCUGAUUCCAGACUCAGCUAAAACUUUGUUUGAGUUAGGUAAAGAAUCCGAUGUUUCGAUAUCUGUUGACCUUUUUAAACAAGCGGAUCUCAGCUCUCAUCUCACUGGAAGUGAGCGUGUGACGCUUCUUGCCCCAAUAAACACCGUGUUCAAAGAUGGGACACCUCCUAUCAAUAGCAACACGAAGAAUUUGCUUCUAGAUCACAUUCUGAAAGAACAGCUUUCUUCUAAAUACCUUUACCAUGGACAGAAGCUAGAAACUCUGGGUGGCAAAGAACUGAGAGUGUUUGUGUACCGUAAUAACCUCUGCAUUGAGAACGUCUGUAUUGCUGCCCACGACAGGAGAGGAAGGUUUGGCACCUUGUUUACAGUGGACAGAAUGUUGACUCCCCCAGUAGGAACCGUUAUGGAUGUUCUAAAAGCAGACCGGCGCUUCAGUACAUUGGUGGCUGCCAUCCAAUCUGCAGGUCUUAUGGAGGCAUUGAAUAGGGCAGGUACCUUCACAGUGUUUGCUCCAACCAACGAAGCUUUCCAAGCUAUGCCACAAGGAGAACUGAACAAACUUAUGGGGAAUGCCAAAGAACUUGCUGCCAUUCUGAAGUAUCAUAUUGGGGAGGAAAUCUUGGUCAGUGGAGCUGUUGGCGCUCUUGUGAGAAUGAAGACUCUGCAGGGUGAUAAAAUUGAAAUUAGCUCUAAAAAUGAUGUAGUAAACGUCAACAAGGAACCUGUUGCUGAAUCUGAUAUCAUGGCCACUAAUGGUGUAAUUUAUGCCGUGAAUACUGUUUUACAACCAGCAGCUUUUAGGCCUCAAGAAAGAGGAGAUGAACCUGCAGACCCCGCACUAGAAAUCUUCAAACAGGCAUCUUCAUUAUCCAAGGGUUCCCAAAGGAGUGUUCGGCUAGCGCCUGUAUACUCCAGGUUAUUAGCAAGGAUGAAACAGUAAAGUGAGGAACAUUCAGAAGAACAAUCAGCUUGAGCUGUCAUUUUGAAGGACAGAAUUGUUUUUAAAAACCAAACUUUGAACUUAUUUUGUUUCCACUCGAAUGACUAGGAGGGAAAAAAAAGCCAUAUUUUUUAAACACUUUUUGCUUGUUUUUGACCUUUUACGGUCUUCUAACACUUUUCAAAAGUAACCACUGGUUCUGGCUGCUUGAAGAUUCGAUUUGUGGCCAUUGUGGGCCUUGUUUUUCGGAAGGGAAAGUGAAACAGUUAGAGCUCUGGUUGAUGAAAGCCUUAAGCACAUACUUGGGUCUGUCCUUGUUCAGGAUGGAACUAGAACUAUCCUGAACAGAGACAUUUUUCUGAAUCAAGACCUUUCCAGCUCUGAAUUCAACUGCAAUUGUGGAUUCUCAGCACCUCUACAAAUUAAGAUGAAAAGUAUGGCCUCAAUUGUGCAAAAAAAAAAAAAA